AUGGUAAACACAAAAACUACGUAAAAAAUUAAAAAUUUUAAAAAGCAGCAAAAAACUUGCAGCAAUACUUCAAAAAAAAAAAAAAAACCUAAUGACAGUCAAGCGCUUUAAGUGCGACCUCAGUCCCGAGGCCCCCACAAGUCUCAAAAUCGAUGAUACCAAUCGGUUCGAUUGUUGUCAUGUUCACGAUCGCAUACCGUACGAUGCCGAGUGCUUUCUCAAGGAUGUCUCAAAGGAACUCAAUAUGCUAUACCGACGCCACAGCAGAAUGAUUGAGAAACGCAAACGCCUUAUGGAGCUGGCAUUACCGGUGCGUCGUUGGUGCCGCUUUGUUCCCAGAUGCCCAUGUCGAUUUGAGAAGUCAAUUGAAAUGGUGCCAGCCGAUCCCCCAAUACACACACGCACCGAACAACUGGCGCUACCGCUGAUCCGACGCCUACAGGUUCGAAGAGCUGAUGCUCUGGUCAAAGGCGACAAGAUUACUGAGGUGAUAUUGAAUCGCUGGCUACGCAACAGUUAUCUCUCGCUAUACAGUCGCUUAAGCAACACACAGCCCAUGAAAAAACCUCCCAAACCCAAAAAACAGAGCAAAAAACAAAAAGCGCGUCACGCCAAAUACAUUGAAACGCUGGCCAAGCCCAAACAAAUUCCGAAGCCCGCGAAGCCGGAGCGCAAUGUUGGCGAAAUGGAUAAGAAGCGUCUCAAAAAGCUGGCGCGUCCGAAGAAACGUAUCGAGGAUAUCAAACAACCAUGGGAAUUCACGAAAGCAUUGAAAACCUACAAACCAACUGCUCGCAUCCUAGCUAUCGCCAAGCCCCUAAUACGUGAAAAUUUUCACAUUAAUGAGGAGCCUGAGAAAGUCUCGCGCAAUGCCCUCAAAUACAAAGCCUCUCCACGUGUUAAAGAGAUGGCGCAACCAUUAAAGGUGUUCGAUCGUAACGCUGGUGCCGCUGAGACAGCUGAUGACCCGUUCACGAUAUCCCCAAAUGCACUCAAGUACAAGGCAACGUCACGUAUCAAGGAACUGGCCGAACCAAAGGAGUUCGAAAACACGCACAUUCGCGAAAAUCCUUUCGCCAUCUCCCCAGCUGCACUCAAGGCCAAGGCCUCACCUCGCCUCAUCGAAUUGGCCAAACCGAAGGGUGGUUAACAACUCAUUGUCUAAUUUUCAGUUUUGGAUAUAUAUUUGGCUAUUUUCUCUUUUGGUCUUUUUGCAUUGUUUUGGCUAAUAUAAGUAGUAUGUAUAUGUAAAUAAAAAGUUUUAUAAAAAAUGA